UUAAAAAAAAUGACUAUUAGGAGGAAACGAUUGAAAUCCGAAAAAAAUAAAACUUAAUUCUUACAGAGAUUCCUCUGAACGCUUGUUACUUUAUAAAAUUAAAUCAUCAUCAAUAAAAAAGAUAAAAAAACUCUUUAAAAAAAAAGCAAGAAACUUGAAGACAUUUUUUUACCAGUAACGAUUGAUUUUCAAAUCCAUUAUUGGUCUGUAGAAACUGCGCCAAAAUUCUCAUGUCGUUAAAACGGACAUUGCAAAAAGUUCAACCUAAAACAUCCGCGUGGACCUCAUUUUUUAAGUCUUAUAGUUAUACAAAAUUACCCUUUUAUGCCCGUUUUGGUGUUUCUUUUAAACCUGCUCGAUACAUUCCGUUCGAGAACCAAAACGGAUGCAUGCAACUUGCACUGCAUGCCGUUCAACCCUCUUAUACGAAUUCAAGCCUUUUCGUUAAGAAAUUUAAUUGGAAAUGUUCCCAGUGCAAUUAUUUCAAUGAAAGCACCUUGGAAAACUUUUAUCCACCUAGCGUACGAAACGUCACUUUUUGUCAGAAAUGUGACGCGUUAUCUACAUUUGAAUCUUUUUUAUCAAACUUGAAAAAAGCUAAAAAUAUUGCCCUAUUAUUCAAUGUACCCUUCAAAUAUAACAUUUGUCUUAAAACGGUGAAGAGACACUAUCGACAACUUCAGAGUUGCAUUCACCCUGAUCGUUACGCAUCCACACCUGAGGAAGCGUAUGCGGCCAACUUAUCCGCUUUAAUUUCUUCGUGUUAUUCUAUUAUAACGGAUUCUUUACGCUGGGCUAGUGUUAUGUUAGAACAUUAUUCGCAGGAAGGACUUGUCAAGUCUUCACAUGAUGCACGGCUGAAUGGGACACUAUUGCAUGAAGUUUUUGAGAUUGAAGAACGGAUCGAAAAAUUAGUAAAUCAACAUGAAACGGAAUUAUUGUAUAGAAAUGUAUCUAACCGGCUUUUAAAAGAAAAGGAACAAUUAUGUCAUGUUUUUGAAUCUCACUUUUUUGAGGAUGCUGUGCGUUUAUUAGACCGAUGUCAAAUGUUUCAACAACUAGAACACAAAUUACUUUAUUUAUUGUCAUCCUAUAAGUCGUAAGAGGAGAUAUAAGUUUGUAAAUGAAUUGAAAUAAAUACACUUCAAAACGCGUAAAGCAUACUAUUUUAUUAUUAAACAAAAGCCUUUUAAUAACGUAAAAACCAGUUUUUUGGACAGGGUCUUGACGUUAGCAGAAAAACUACCAGCGCAAUGAAUUAUUUUUACAAUUUUUUUUUUUCAAAAAUGAAAUGAGAUUCUAGUUGAAAAAUCUUCAAAUCGUCAUAUUUUUCUUUUUAUUUAGAACAUUACAGUGUGGUAAAACAUGUAUUCUUAUUUCAAUGUAAAUAACUAUUUUUAAAUUUGGUGAAA